GUACGUCAGUCUCACCUCCGGCUUCCGUACAGAACAAACACCUGUCCCACCUGACCGCACCUGUCCACAUCCCGAACGUUCUCACUACUUACCGUAAGUUCUGACACAACCUGUCUAGUUGUACGAGAAGAAACAUGGCUCCGAGCGUGUUCCUGCUCCUGUUGGCGGCCGGGUACGCCAGUUCGCUGUCGCUCUACUGCCCGUGCCACAUGCAGGCGGACUUCACCUGCCCCGAGCCGCCCACGGACUGCGAGCUGACGCGUGACGUGUGCGGCUGCUGCGACGUGUGCGCCAGUCUGGAGGGGGAGAGCUGUGGAAACGGGCACACCGGGUGCGCUAGCGGCCUGACGUGCGAGUACCCGGAGUGUGACACCACGGUACAGCAGGUGGUACAGCCGGACGGCUCCGUACUGGGGAUGGUCAACCCCUGCGUGUACAUGCCCUGGGCACCCGGAACCUGCCGGCCAAGCGCAAAGCGCCAAGUUAGUGACGCUGUGGACACGAUUGGUGAUCAGCUGACUGACGUUAUUUCUGGUACGGACGGCUGUCGGUUCGGUGACGUCAUCAUCGCUGUAGGGUCAACUUACCAGCCGGACGACUGUACUUGGUGCGAGUGUCUGGCAGCCGGAGAGGAUCCGAUUUGCCUGGCCCAGAGCUGUCCGGCGCCAUCCUGCCCCAACCCCGAACACGUCCCGGGACAGUGCUGUCCCGUCUGUCCCACGGAAGGCUGUCAGUACGGCGACGUCACCAUCCCCGUGGGGUCCAAUCACCAGCCGGAUGACUGCACGUGGUGUUACUGCGAAGCUGCGGGACAGAGGCCUAUGUGCGCGAUCCAGGACUGCGCACCCCCGCCCUGUCACAGGCCCCACCACGAGCCGGGACGGUGCUGUCCAGUCUGCGACCAUGUCGACAUUCUCUGGCCAUGGCAAGACCUGAUGGACGGCUAGAUCAAGAUCAGUCUGGGAACGAGACAGUCUGGCGGUAUCCGGAACGAGAACGGUGGAUGUUUGAGUUUUCCCAAAUAAAGUUUGAUCUCCAUCAAAAA